CUUCUCCUCCUGCUUUUCAUAUUCUUCUCGCGCUCGCUCGCUCGCGCUCCUGUGUUCAUCCUCCAGCGCUGAGAAACUCGGUGAUUAUCGUUACUGCGUCCGGGUCCUGACCAGCGCCAAUGGCGUCUAAAGACAGCGGGACGGAGGCGCUGGGCACGCGCCUGGCGGAGGAUCAGCUGCGCGUGCUGGAGGAUAAUUUCACGCGCGUCGGCAAGAACCCGGACGGGACAACGCUCCUGCUCAUCGCCGCCGAGUGUGGACUGAGUGAGGAGGAGACGCGCAAAUGGUUCAGGAUGCGUACUGCUCAGUGGAGAGAAUCAGAGGGGCUGCCUCCUCAACCGGGAUCAGUCAAAGACUGAAGACAAGGAAGACCGUGUCCAUCUCUAUUCACACAUCAUGCCGCUGAUCCUCUCUAUCCAUCGUCCUUCUCUGUUCUUUCCAUCUGCCGUGUAUGUGUCAGGUCUCCUGCUUGUUUACCCUUACCGUCUUUAUUGUUGAAGUUAUGCUAUAUUUGUUGGAUGUAUUUAAAGGAAAAGUAUAUUACAGAGACAAAUGUCAGGUUUACAAUAAAUAAACUGUAUAUAUGGCUAUGAGUGAA